GGAAUCGCCUUCUAACAAGGACAAGUGAUUGCAGUGUCCUGUCAAUCCCCCCUAGGACAGCCCUGUUUACUACCACACUGCACACAAUGUCUAACCAGCCUGCCUCCUCACCGGCUGCUGUCGAUUCAUCUACGGACAAGAGACGAAGCUUUGGCAGAUAUGUCAAGAGAUUGAGCUCCGUGUUGCGAAGAGGCAGCUCCAAGAAUGCAAUGCCUGGCUCGUCCUCAACUGCACAAUCUGCUGCUGCGUCUGCUACACCGGUAACCACAACUACGGCUGCUAUAGCUCCAAUUGCCGAGACAAUCGAUGAGCUACCAAUACCACAGCCUCAGCUUGUAUCAACCUCUGCCAGCCCGUCAACAGUCCCGGGAGCAUAUGCUAAGAGCGCGAUUCAGCAAGAACGCGCACGCGCACUCUUUGCGAAAUACGGGUUGACGUUGGAGGCUCAUGAAUGGGUGGCUACAGCUACUACUACCCAUGUCCAAAGAGUUGAGAAGCCAAUUCGUAUGCGCGUCCAUCGAACGUGCCACAAAUGCGAGACUUCAUUUGGCUUGGACAGGUCGUGCAAGAACUGUGAACACCGGCGCUGCAAGAAGUGUCCUCGAUACCCACCGAAGAAGGACCGGACAGAUAGGCCAACGGAGAUCGAAGAUAUCCAGAUGCAGACGGCUGACGCUAUCGGAGAACUGAAGAAACGACGAAAGAGUAGCACUCCAUACUUGACAAUCACGAGCAAGUCGGGCGGAGAACUGGUUUACGCUCCAACCCGACAGCGGAUCCACCGAACGUGUCACAAAUGUCACACUCACUUCCAGCCUGUCACCGCCGCAGUAUGCCACCAUUGCCAGCACUCGCGAUGCACCAAAUGUCCGAGAGAACCGGCAAAAUCCAAGAAAUGGCCCGAAGGCUACCCGGGAGACGCGCCAUAUGAAAGCUCGGAGGAAGAAAUGCCCACCAUAAAUCGAACCUGGAAGAGGCCGCGGCAAAGGAUUCGAUGGACGUGCUGUUGCUGCGAAAGCCUCUUCACCACAGGUUCGAGGACUUGUACGUGCAGUCAUGAGCGCUGUGAGACGUGCACACGACAACCUCCCAAAAAACCAAAAAAAGAGUUUGACCCAGAAAUCGUCAAGUCGGUCGAAGAGAAGCUGGAACGCUUCAGAAUCGAACGCACGGCAGGCACGACCUCUCUUCCAUCUUUCACUUAAACCAUAUAUUCUCUUUCCAUCUAACGAUCCACGACAUGACGAUUUUCUACUCAAGAUGUUUUUAUCUAUUCGAGACUCUUGUCACAUAUAUCACCAGCGGUGCGAUCUACCAAACUACAGCCAAAUACCAUACUAUUAUACGUGGUACAAGUCACAUGCUCUAAACCUGAUCCAUUCCCACUUUCUCGUAUUCCCGUCUGUCUUAAUUAAUUCCCUUCUAACCCCACGGUACCGAGUAAACCUUCUCUCGCGGUGCGGCAUACGGGCAUAGGGCUUGCCCAACCCGCCAAAGUGGACGCGUGAGGAAAGGCCCGAACUGUGCCGCAGUCAUACAGCUCCUGGCGCAAGCCUCUACCAACUCUGACGCUAAUUA